CUCCGCCCGUCGGCUCCGCUCUGCGGCCGCGCCUCUGAGCUGUCCGGCAGGCUCAGGCUCCGACACCUCCGUUCUGUUGGCUGAGCGCCAUGAGGCGGCUUCUAUAUUCGCUGCUGCCCCUGUUGCUGCUCCUUCUCCAGCCUUGGGAAACCCAACUGCAGUUCGCAGGUCCCAGGUGCAGUACUGGGCCCCUGGAUUUGGUGUUCGUGAUUGACAGCUCGCGCAGCGUGCGCCCCUUCGAGUUCGAGACUAUGCGGCAGUUCCUGGUAGGCCUUCUCCGCAGCUUGGACGUGGGGCCUAACGCCACUCGCGUCGGCGUGAUCCAGUAUUCGAGUCAAGUGCAGAGCGUCUUCCCGCUCCGAGCCUUCUCGCGCCGCGAGGAUAUGGAGCGCGCCAUCCGCGCUCUAGUGCCGCUGGCGCAGGGCACCAUGACCGGGCUGGCGAUCCAGUACGCCAUGAAUGUGGCCUUCAGCGUGGCCGAGGGCGCGCGCCCGCCGGAGGCGCGCGUGCCUCGCGUGGCCGUCAUCGUGACCGACGGGCGGCCCCAGGAUCGCGUGGCAGAGGUGGCCGCUCAGGCGCGCGCCCGCGGCAUCGAGAUCUACGCCGUGGGGGUGCAGCGCGCCGACGUGGGCUCCCUGCGCGCCAUGGCGUCCCCCCCGCUGAACGAGCACGUCUUCCUCGUCGAGUCCUUCGACCUUAUCCAGGAGUUCGGCCGGCAGUUCCAGGGCCGGCUGUGUCCCCUUGACCUCUGCACCAAAAGGGACCAUAGCUGUGGGCAUCACUGCAUCAGCGUCCCUGGCUCCUAUUUCUGUCAGUGCCAAGCUGGCUUUGUACUCCAGCAGGACCAGAGGAGCUGCAGGGCCAUUGACCACUGCAGCUUUGGGAACCACAGCUGCCAGCAUGACUGUGUUAGCACUUUUGGUGGGCCACAGUGCCGCUGCAGAGAGGGCUAUGACUUGCUGCCUGAUGGGAGGAGCUGUCAGGCCCGGGAUCUUUGCAAUGGCGUGGACCAUGGAUGUGAGUUCCAGUGUGUGAGUGAGGGCUUCUCCUACCGCUGCAUGUGUCCUGAGGGGCGGCAGCUCCAGGCAGAUGGCAAGAGCUGCAGCCGGUGCCGGGAAGGCCACGUGGACCUGGUUCUGCUCGUUGAUGGCUCCAAGAGCGUGCGCCCGCAGAACUUCGAGCUGGUGAAACGCUUCGUGAACCAGAUCGUGGACUUCCUGGACGUGUCCCCCGAGGGCACGCGCGUGGGGCUAGUGCAGUUCUCCAGCCGCGUGCGCACCGAGUUCCCGCUGGGCCGCUACGGCACGGCGGCCGAGGUGAAGCAGGCGGUCCUGGCCGUGGAGUACAUGGAGCGCGGCACCAUGACCGGGCUGGCCCUGCGCCAUAUGGUGGAGCACAGCUUCUCCGAGGCGCAGGGCGCGCGGCCCCGGGCGCUCAACGUGCCCCGCGUGGGCUUGGUCUUCACCGACGGCCGCUCCCAGGAUAACAUCUCCGUGUGGGCGGCGCGAGCCAAGGAGGAAGGCAUCGUCAUGUACGCCGUGGGCGUGGGCAAGGCGGUGGAGGAAGAACUGCGAGAGAUCGCCUCGGAGCCAGCCGAGCUGCACGUGUCCUACUCCCCGGACUUCAGCACCAUGACGCACCUGCUGGAGAACCUCAAAGGCAGCAUCUGCCCGGAGGAGGGCAUCGGCGCGGGGACAGAGCUUCGGAGCCCCUGCGAAUGCGAAAGCCUCGUGGAGUUCCAGGGCCGCACGCUGGGGGCGCUCGAGAGUCUGUCGCAGAAGCUGGCCCAGCUGACCGCACGCCUGGAGGAUCUGGAGAACCAGCUGGCUACCCAGAAGUGAGGGCCGCUGGUGGCCGGGACCCGGGCAAGGAACGCGGCCCCGCGGACAGCCGCAGCCCUCUACCCCCGCUCCGGGGGCGCCGUCGGGGCGCCGGGCCCGGAGAGAACCUGGGUCCUCCCAGGCCUGGGCUGUCGCGGGGGAGGCGCUGGCGGGCUCCCAGCGCUGCGCUUGAGCUGGGCUCGCCGGGACCAGAAGUCGGACUGCGGGGAGGGG